CCCGUCAGUAGUUUGCGCGUGUUUGAAAUUCAAGUCCAGUAAUCCGACUGACACCGAAUCGCGCUCCCGCGCACACAGUCUGUGUUUGGCAUGAGCAAUGGCGAGACUCAAUGAAGCCGUGCCGUCUGCCGACAAUCUCGAAAUCCUGCGCCGCAAGUUUCUGCGGCAGAACCGAGACAUUGCCCGCAUCAACUCGAGCCAGUCGCUCCGCAUCCGCGCCCUCGAAAACGAAUGCGCCCGCCUGCUGUCCGAGAACCUCGACCUGCGCGGCCAGAUCCUGCGCCUCGAGAAUGAGGCCCAUGACAACACGGCGCAGAGGGUCGCCAACCACGCGCUCGAGAUCAAGGCCAAGCUCGAGGCCCAGUUCAUCGAAUGGGGGUCCAUGCUCGCCUCUCUAGGCCUAGAGCCGCCCUCGAAGCGGCGCUCUCCCGGAGGCCGCAAGUACGCCCAGCCCCGGGCUGCCGCCAGUCGGAGCCCCCCACAACGCCGAGUGCGCAUCGACACCAUAACAGAUGCCGAGGCCCAGGCUCUGCGCGAGGGCCGGCUGCCGCCCAUCCAGGAGAACAAGUCGUUCCCCCGCGCCACCAUGAACAGCGAACAGAUCCUAGCCCUGUGCUCCGAGGUGGGGAAUACGAGUGAGUCGCCCGAUCUGGGCCCGCCGCCCGUCUCGCGCUUCGUCGAAGAAGCGACGCCCGAGUCGCCCAUCAGGAAGUCGGGGACAGACGAGCCCGCAGAACAGCCUGACGAGAGCUCCGAGCCGCCCGAGACCCAGCCGCCCCCCAAGCUAGACUACGACCGGAAGCGGCCCAGCAAUCUUGAAGCUAGGCUGGACCCGGAGAGCGUGGCCGUCAAGGAGGUCAGGGAGGUUAGGGAGGCCAGAGAGGCCAGAGAGGCCAGAGAGGCCAG